AUGGCGAAGAGGAAGUGGUACGUGGUCACCCGCGGCCGUGAGGUCGGGGUGUUCAACACUUGGGUCAGAGUCGCAGCGUUGACCAAUGACUGCUCGGGCGCCAUCCACCAGAGCUUUGCGACUGAGUACGAGGCUCACGAAGAGUAUCGCAAGGCAAUGGAACGCGGCGACGUAUACAUCAUCAACAAGGAUGGUAGCAGGGAGCCAGUCCGAACGCGCCCACCAACCGGACUGGGACGUACGCGGUCCGAGAACGACGCUACGCAACCAGCACCUCCGCAAGAGACCGUCACUGCGCCGCCUGCUGCCCAGCCAAGCUCUCCAUCCACACCCUCAAGCACCAGACGUACGAGAGCACUGGGACCAUCGCUGUCCGCACCCGUCAUAGGGAGCCCUCGAUCCGCUGCCCACGUUCGUCGCACCGCUGAGAUAGCGCGGGCCUUACUAGAACACCUCGAGCAAAUCGACCAGAUGGAGACGUCGACGGUAUGUCCUACAUGUCACGGAGAUGGCGUCGUGCGGUCGAAUGCGCCUGGCACCGUCGCGCACAUCCAUUCUCAUCGCUCGGCAACUCCCGAGCAGCGCUCGCCCGAUCGCAGCUCGGCCUCGUCCCUAACGGGGGCGAAUGACUGGUCCCACCCGUCUCAAGGAUGGUCGGCUUCGGUGCCGCUCCCUUCGUCUGGUAGUCCGCAGGUCUCGCGCACUAUCAGCGUGGGGGAGUACGGCACUCCCGCCCAAUCUCCACGUGACCGCGCCUCUUCCCGUGCGCAAGGAAGCCCGUCCUCACGACACUCAAGUAGUCGCCCGAUCACUGUCGUUCCGGCUCCUGUACUCAGGACUGCUGCAAGCGUGCCUCCUUCGCCGGUGCACAGGCCUGCGUCGCCAGAGUCCAUGGCUACUCCGAGGUUGACGCCAAGAGCCCUCCCCACGAGUCCUGUUCGCCUAGAAGAGCAACAGAUGGUGGCCUCUCCGCACCGCAGCUCCGGCUCUUCAAGCUCAAGUCAUCGCUCAAGCCGAAGGGACCACACCUCCCAUAGUCGAACUAUGAGUGAUGCCGCACGUCUCGUGCAUGACGUGAUGCGCCAGAUGGGCGAUAUUUACAUCCAGCCGGGUGCUUCUCCCAGGGCGAGCUCAACGUCAAGUUCUCCAUCCUUGUCGUAUGCGAGCUCUCCCAGAGUGUCAGACGCGGGAUCUCCCAGGCUCCCAGAGGCAGGCUCCCCGCGAUCGUCGCAUGCGCCCUCUCCACCUCCCUCAAGGCGCCCAACCGUGGCCUCCCCAAGGUCUUCCGACGCAAGCCACAGUUCCCUCAGCUCUCUUGGGCUAUCCGUCUCCGGCCUUGCCUCUCCUCGCCAGUCUACUGACAUGGCCUUGCCCCGCCAGUCUGCUGGCAUGGCUCCAAUGCACGUCCCCUCGUCGGGGUACGACAUCCCCAGCGACCCCAGGUCGCCUGUCUCGAGGAACCAGCGGGUUCCUUAUACGGCGAGGUGA